CAAAACAUGACGACCCUGAAAAAUUGAUGCCUCGCACUAACAAGCAUAUAUAUCGUGGUAACAACAUUAUUACUCGACAUAUUAUCCGCAUUGCAUAUGCGAAAUAAUGCGCAUUAUUUGUGUAGAAAUAGAUUGCGCUUGAUAUCGGUUACGUCGCGUUAAAUUUGCAUAGUGGUGUCAUCUAAUGUACAACAGGGCAAAUCAAUGAAAGAUGUAAAGCCUGCAGCCUGCAGAGCGCCAUGUGCAGCCACAUUCAGUCAUAGUCAUGUCAGAAGCGAACAAUUUUGUACUUGUGACUCGUCGAAGAAAACAACGUAACCCAAAGAAAAAUUUGUGCGGAGACGUGACUGCUCAGUGCGUGGCUACGCAGAACUGCGAGAUCAAUCGCGAGCUUCUCCUUCGCACGUUAGGCAACACGCUAAUCGAGGUCAGAGAUACAUCGUUUACCAAGUUUGUUCUUAGCAAGCUGACGGAGUCUCUAACCGUCCUAGACUCUAACGGUAUUUCCGAGAUAGUCUGCUACGGGUUAGGACGAUUCUCGCAGUAUAGGUCGUCGAGAUGUCAAUUGGCGCUUCUGCUGUGCUUGAAGGCGCGAUACGUGAACGCUCGCGUACACGUGUACGACCCAGUGUUUUGCCCCGAGGAAGUGCAAGUUUUGCGUGCUCAGGGUCUAGAGAUUAUAGAGAGGAACGAGGAGGGCAAGCGUAUAAUUCACCGAGAUAAAACGACUCUCGUAUACAUGCCGCAUUGCUCGCGGCAGUUGACCAAUAAUUUUCUUUACGCAAACUGGGGAGUUGGAUUAAGCAAUUGCAUUCUGCUCGCUAAUAGCUUCUCAGGGAUAGUUGACAAUUGCUUGCACAGGGAUGUACUGAAUAUGGCAGGUUACAUAUUGCGCAUUCGACCUUAUGUUACAGAAAUUCAAUUGGAAAAUUCCUUCGCGUACGAGGAAGUUUUCAACGAUCUUAGCAUUCAUAUCUUUACCAAACAAGAUUUGCUUAAAGCUCCGGCAGAUUUCUGGAAUUCUAGAGAGGAACCACAAUAUUUAACAGACGACGUGGAAUUUAUUGCAGCUGCACGGUGAUAGUUAACAUUCAACGUGCAUUGUAAUACAGCGACAAUGAAUAGUAAUAUCGAAAUUGUUCGUUCUCUCGCGCGAGAACUACGUCGAGUCUCGCAGAAUAAGAGUAUGAAAGAGAAUGCAAUGUUACAAUAUAUCAUGGAACAAGCGCAUGCUCAUAAAGAGACAUCUCAAGUUUUGUGUAAAGCAAGGGAAGAAUUGAAGAAUUUAGCGGAGACAUAUCUUUGUUAUGUGAAAUCUCAACAAACAUGUAAAGAUAUUCAUAAACAAUAUGCUGGUAAAGGUGAACGUAGUAUAAAAGAAACAGCAGAUCUUGUAGGUUUUAAACUACCUCAUGAUCCAAAAUAAAAUGGAUAUAAAUAGAAAUAUUUAAAAUAUUAUUAGUGCGAUACAAGUAUUCUUGUUCUCUUGCUUGUACAUUUGCCUAUCUUUAUUGUAUUUCUGUAAAGAUAAUCUAUAAAUGAAGAUUUUAAUUAAAGAUUAUCAUACUAAAUCU